GAUUUUAUGUUGAUGAUCACCUUCAAGAGAUCCUGUAAGUUCGAUAAUCCUCGUUGUAACAUAGAAGGCCAAUACUCACCUUGGUUAUAUAGGUCUUUGUUGAAUGUUCUCUUCUUGAAAGAAAAUGAAUACAGCGAGCAGCAAAUCGUUCACUCUGGACUUGCGAACUUGGAAGCGCUACGCAGUACCAUAGUUGACGGAUAUAUGGAUUCAAGCGUGAAAUUUGAUACCAACUUAUACAAUCAAAUCUCGGCAGUAUUGAGCGUAAGCCUUGGUGAAGGGCUAAUUCUGUGUAUUAUUCAAUUGUUGACAAUUGCUUUUUAGAAUUUUCGCUUCCAAGACGGCACACGAGUAAUGAACGCGCAAUUUCAUAGUAGGCGUAUGUACCACUGGCGACAAGCCGGGCG